AUGGAUGAUCAUGAUGCUGUCGACAAAUCAAUAGCAAAUACAUUCUUCAAGCAUGUGAGGGCACAGUCCAACAAUAAGAGAUGUGCAGACUGUGACAAGCCGUCGCCAAUAUGGAUAGCAGUGACAUAUGGGUUUUUUAUAUGCACGGAGUGUGCUGCAAAGCAUCGAGAGCUUGGCAUUGGAAUAAGCAAGGUGAAGUCGAUGAUACUUGAUGCAUGGAAGCUGUCUGAGCUGAGGCGGAUCUAUGUGUCAGGGAACAUGAAUGCAUCAAAGCUUGGGAAGGGGCCUGAUCUGCGCUCAAAGUAUACAGGUGCGAAGUGGUAUUCAAAGGCCGUUGAUGAGAUGGUAAGGAAGAGCGAGAUUGACGAGCCUGGAACGGCAUUUAUUGAGAGUCUGGAAUGCAAAAGUAAGAGUGCCUUGGAGCCCAAAAAGGUCAGUGAGGUCAAGAUGCCCAAAUUUUCUGACGAUGCGAUUAUUGUGCAUGCAGAAGAUAACGAUGCAAUCAAAGAGUGUGUGAGCAGUAAGGAGAGCACUCCGGCUCCUUUGCAUGAGGAGGUAGUCAUAAAAAAGAAUUCGCUUGCGUCGCUUAGGAUAUCGUCAGGAAAGAAGCUCAAUCUCGAGAGCAGCCAGAAGAAUGCGAACAGGCUUGGGUUUGGUGCAUUGAAAUUGAAUAACAACUGCGAGGCAGAAUCUUCUGCUGAAUCGAUACAAAAGCCAGGUGAUUAG